CAAUCAGAAGGCUGUGAUAAGCAGAAGGACAAUCCUCCACCCUCUGAGCUGGGGUGAGUGAACCUUGCCCUGGAGGCCUAUCACAGUGCAACCACAACACUGUCCUAGGCCACACCAUGGCCGGCCUGCUGUGCCUCCUCCUGCUCAGUGCCUCCCUGGCCAGCCUCCUGUCACCUGGGGGAAGUGUGUUCAUCAAGCGGGAACAUGCCAACAGCUUCCUGGACAGGGUCAAUUCAUUAUCUGAAGAGACAAAAAGAGAAUACCUUGAAAGUGAGUGUGUGGAGGAGACUUGCGACUACGAAGAGAUCCGAGAAGUCUUUGAGGACACGGAGAAGACGAAUGAAUUCUGGAAUAUAUACAAAGAUGGUGACCAGUGUGAAAGCAAUCCCUGCCUGAAUCAGGGCAGGUGUAAGGACGGCCUCGGGGAGUACACCUGCACUUGUCAGGAAGGAUAUGAAGGCAGAAACUGUGAAUUACCCAUGCGAAAAUUCUGCAGCCUGGACAAUGGGGACUGCGACCAGUUCUGCAGAGAGGAGAUCUCUGUGGUGUGUUCUUGCGCCAGCGGGUACAUCCUGGAUGAUGACGACAAGUCCUGCAUCUCCACAGAGCCUUAUCCCUGUGGGAAACUCACUCUGGCAUGGAGGAGGAGGCCAGAGUCCCUGACUGCCCACAGCAGCGAGGAUCCUCCCAAAGACGGUGAAGACCUGGAUCCCACCAUGAACCCUUUCAAUGGAGACGUGGAUCCCAUCACAAACCCUUUUGAUGGAGACCUGGAACCCACCACAAACCCAUUGGAUCUGCUGGGCUUGAACAACACUCAGCUGAGCUCAGCAGAGGAGAACUCACUUGUCAGGAUAGUGGGAGGGAGGGACUGCAAAGAUGGCGAGUGUCCCUGGCAGGCUCUGCUCAUCAAGGAGAACAAUGAAGGCUUCUGUGGAGGCACCAUCCUGAAUGAGUUCUACAUCCUCACUGCCGCCCACUGUCUUGACCAAGCUAAGCUAUUCAAGGUGAGGGUAGGCGAUCGAAACACGGAGAAGGAGGACGGCAACGAGACAGUGCACGAGGUGGAGGUGAUUAUAAAACACGAAGAGUUUGACAAUAAGACCUAUAACUGUGACAUCGCCCUCCUCAAGCUGAAGACGCCCAUCAAAUUCCGCAUGAACGUGGCCCCUGCUUGCCUGCCAGAGAAGGACUGGGCCGAAUCCACCCUCAUGACGCAGAAAUCGGGCAUCGUGAGCGGCUUUGGGCGCAUCCACGAGAUGGGCCGCACGUCUGUCACCCUCAAGAUGCUGGAGGUGCCCUACGUGGACAGGAACACAUGCAAGCGGUCCACCCCCUUCAGCAUCACCCCAAACAUGUUCUGCGCCGGCUAUGACUCAAAGCUGGAGGAUGCCUGUCAGGGGGACAGCGGGGGUCCCCAUGUCACCCGGUUCAAGGACACCUACUUUAUCACGGGCAUCAUCAGCUGGGGAGAAGGAUGUGCACGGAAAGGAAAGUUCGGAAUCUACACCAAAGUCACCAACUUCCUCAAUUGGAUCGAAAGGUCCAUGAAAAAACCAAGGCCAAGGGCUAGGGUGAGCCGGAGGUCACUGCUGCUCCCGUCAUUAGAUUAAUGCCCUCCUCCCCCUCCCCCAACACCAACACCCCUGGCAGCCAUUGGUGUCUCAUUGUGUGUUAACACGUGCCACUCUGAACAGGCUGAAUCCUGGAGUAAGUUUCCUCCCUAUGGUGAUUGUUUCGGUUCCAUAGCCUGACCUUGCCCUUGCUCGAGUGAAGUGGGAAAUGAAAUUGUCAUUUGGAACACUGGGUCCUGCCUUUCCCUUGCCUGGUUGGAAGCUUCCUCCUGGAAAUGUUAUACUUUACAGAACAGGGGCUCACACUCCCCCGAUGACUCUCUGCUCAAAACCGUGGAGGGGCCCUUUCCAUUCAUUGCACAUUUUUCUGUUUCUGAUUGUCCUAAACUGCCCUCUGGGCAGGCCACACUCAGGACCCUUGAGAAUAAAUGACCAAGGUUCUGGGAGCAGAGACAAGGAGCAGCAAGGGUGGGUUCUCCCCCAGGUCCAGCGUAGCCUCCCAGGCCGGUGGUUCACCGUCCAAGUCCGGACAGAGAUAAGGGUGGGAGUGUGUCCCCCAGGGGCUUCCUGUCAAAGGCAGACUCCCUGGGAAGGGGAGGCCCAGAGAGCUGCUCACUGGCGGGGGCAUUUUAACAUUGACUUAACCACUGGAUCUUCUUUCUGGCUUCAUGCUAGAAUCACCUGGAGUGCUUAUAUUUUGUUUUUGUGUGUGUGUGUUUUAAUCCUCAC